GCGCGCAGCUGAGUCUUGCAGUGCGCGGGAAAGGUGGAGCGCGCGCCAAGUGUGAGGGGCGGCGGCGGGCCACGCUUCACUGCGUUCCGCGGCCACCUACGGGCUACGAUCUCAUCUGGCUCUCCAAGUCUGGGCAGUCCUCACGUUUCUGUGGCGGGGCUCCAGGCAGACUUACCUAGUUCCUGAUAAGGACAGAGGAACCUCAACAACUUCUCUGGCCCAGAUUUCUCAAGGGAGGGAUAAAAUGAGUAAGAGGAAGAAGCUUCGGACCUCAGGAGGAGAAGGAAUUCAUCCUCUGAAACCCCCAAAGCACCCAAGGCUCAGAGACUCUGACAGGGCUUCCCAGAGUUACGAGUUGGACCCUUCGUGUCACCCUGAGGAGUCAGAAGGCAGGGCAGGACCUGCUCCCUCAGCAGAGCAGAGUGGGGAGGAACCAGGACAGGUGGCUUCCAGCUCCCCGAACAAGGAAGCAGGAGGCCCCUCUAGGCUCCUCAGGCAACCAGAAAACGAGCCAGUUCCCUUCCCACCUUCCCAGAACUCAGUUGGAAGGUUUGUCCCCCAGUUUGCAAAACUCAGGAAGACAGUGACGAGACAAGCAGCUACAAAGGAAGAGGACUUCGGGAGUGGGGCAUUUAGCUCGGAAAUACUGCCAGAGCCCAGUGCCCAGCACGCAGGAAGCCAGUCACCAGAGGAGUCCCCAGGGCUCACUGUCUGGGAGGCAGAUGGUGCCCACUCCAAGCACGGCGUCCAAAACCCUGUAACACCUGUGUCUGGCAGGGGGCAUUCUCAGCCUGAGGUCUCCAACGACGCCUCUCCAGAAUGGGGGACGGUGCCCUUGGCCUCAGAGAGGGCCAGCCAGGAUCACCUGUUGGAGCAAGGGACCAAUUUGCUAGACGGUGGAAGCACAGAGUGGGGUGGGGUUCCAGGCGAUCGCGGCCAAAAAGGGCAUCAGCCAAGUAGUGAAGCCGAGGAGAAGGAGCCAGACCAAGGAUCCUCACAGGAGGAAGGUGCCCAAGGAGGAGCGGGGGCCAACCAGGAGGAAGGAGACAGCAUCCUUGGCUUGAUCCCUGGGGGCCCAGAGCCUGGAUCUGUGGUCCAGGGCCUUUCAGACUUCAUGCAGACACUCAGCAAGGCUGGCAGGGAAGCACAAGGGAGCUGUAGCAGCCCAAGAUUCUCCUCCCUUAGGAGCAUUGUUAUCACAGACGUGAGCACAGACCCCACUCAGCCAGAACAGAGGGCUCUGGAGGUGGCUGGGCUGGGUGGGAAGGCCCCUGAUGGAGGCCACAGCUGGGCCCUGCCCAGAGGUAUGCCUCUCUGUAAGGAGACUGCAGGAGGCAGAGGGGAGGCAGGGCAAGAAGCUAAGCCCCCUGGCAAUGUCCCAGGGGGCCCUGCAGCCUUCCUGGCUUUGGCUCAUGGGAUCCAAGAGCCCAUUGUAGAUGUUGGAGAUUCCAUCCCCGUAGCCUCAGAGAUGGGCUCAGGUGUUGAUCAGACAUGGGUGCCAGGCUCGGAUCAAGAAGGUUUCUGUGCACUGCCUUUGCUGUUGCAGCCCUUGGGUGAAAAGGCAACCAAGUUAGGUAGCCAGAGCUAUGAACAAGACAUCAGGGAGCUUAGUCUGUCCCUUGGAGCCUCUGCUCCGCUGGUGCACAGAGAAGCAGUGGAUGGCCCUCCCCUGGACACCAGGGUUCACCAGGGCAACCCAGAUGCUCUCAAAGGCCUGGCAGGCCAACCCAAGCACCCUCCUGACUCUGCAGACCAGGCUUUGUUAGGGGAGUCUCCAGCCAUGGAACUUGACUUCCUGCCAGACAGCCAGAUUCAGGAUGCCCUGGAAGCUUCUGACUUUGAAGACCCACCUGAACAGUUUCCUGCAGGGAGAGGGUUAGGCCCUUGCUGGCCUGGCACCAGCCUACAUGCCGUUGGAGACCCCCUUACGAAGGCCCAUCCGAGUACCCAUGAGGGGAUCCAGCCCUGUGAAGCCGCCAGGAUGGAGGAUGCAACAGACACCAUGCGAGGCCUCAUAGUUGAGCUCUCCAACCUGAACCGCAUGAUCAUGAAUGCCCACCGGGACUUGGAAGCCUUCAAGCGCCUCAGCUACCGAAAGGCAAAGCCCGCGAGUGGACCCUACACACCAAAAGGGGCCGGGCCUCACCCUCGUGGGGAGCAGUCCUGGAGGGAUACGUAGGUGCUUCCCAGCGGGGAUGCUGAGCAAGCCUUUGUGCUGUGCCUCCCCCUCCCAUGGAUGUGCGUGUGUUUUCUUGGAGCCCUGGCCCACAGAAGGGCUUGAUUGCUGCCAAACAGCUAGCAAUGGUGCCUUGGCAUACCCCGGAAAGCCUGCAGUCCCCCAUGCUGCUCCAAUGGGUCCUAGUGGGCUUCAGCAGAUUUGGGAGGCAGCUUCCCCUAGGAAACCCUGGAGGCCCCACUGGAGUCAACAGCCUCCCUCCGGCGUCUGUAUGGGGGAGGGAACCUGCUCCUCCCUAAACUGAGGCUGCAGUGGGAGGUGGAGGCAGCCUGGGUUUGCAAAUUUUGGCGGCUUAGCCAAGGUUAUGGCAGUUCAGAAUGUUUCUUUUCUGGAAGAGAAAAGACCUCCCUUGUUUAUUUGUCUUUCUCUGAUUUCCAUUUUAUUUCUUCCGGGAAGGCCAUUAAUAAAUGAUUCCCUAGUGAGGCCCCAGGACCUGCUGUUUGGAGUUUGAAGUGUUCUGGUUCCUUGAUGUUCCGCCCACAAACCUCUCUGCCUCUUUCCCCUUUCACUUCUCAUUCUCCCUGCGAAGGCAAGUGGGGCCACUGCUGGGACACAGGCCAGAGGGUUCCUGCAAGUUCCCGAGUGUGUCAGAUUCUGGGAGCGGAUGGCUAUGUGUUCCCAGUCAGGCACACACACCAGUAUCUGUGGGGCAGUGAGCCCACCAGACAUCCACCUAGAGAGUUUGCUUUCAGCGCUCAGUGGCCCCGUCUGUCCUCUGUGGGACAAGCUACUUUGAGGCCUCAGCCUGGGAGGAGGCAGUCCUGGGGAGUUGCAGUUGAUGCCAACUUGGUGCUGAGGGCGGGUGCUGCACACCUUAUCCCGAACAAGCCUGACCACAACCCCCAUGGCAGUGUCAGAGGCAGCCCCAGCCACUGUGAAGCCGCCAGGCUUCAAACCCAUUUCACAGAAAACGAUGCUUCUAUUAAAUUGGUCACAACCAGGUGGAUCAGACCCGCCUCUGUAUUAGUCACUGUCUGUGGCUCCCACACCCAGCACCCAAACUGCUAGGGCCAUGGCAGGGAACCUCGCCUACUGCCUUCUUACACCCAAGUAGAGCCCAUGUGAGAGGGGAGCAAGUUUGGUGGGGGUCCCCCACCACCUCUCCUUCCUUGACCUCCCCAGGUUCAAGCCCCAGUGGCCCUCACUUACGCCAUUAGCAGUUUGCAGCAGCAGGUGGUGGCUGGGAUGUUGUUUCCGCAACUCAGUUUGAAGACCCUUGGGGCUGCUAAGGAGCCUUCUGUGUCUUUCUCAUCCCCUCUCCCUGCCAAGCCUAGGCAGCAGCCUGUCUUCAAGGACAGGCUCCCAUCCUUGGCUUUCCUCAUGGGUGGCCUCAGGUUCCAGUUCAAGGGCAGAGGGGACCUGCAAAGUCCAACUCCUACCCCCACCCAACCAUGGGAGAGUGUGGGCUUGGGCAGAGGCCCAUCCUGGGUUUGGGGGAGCAGUGUAGAUGGACACUUGCCACCUGCUGCCCCCUAGAGGCCAGGGAAACAAGCUAUGGCAGUAGACGGGGCUGGCAGGGUAGGCAUUCCUCAGAGCGCAGUUUCCCAGGAGAACUGGAUCACAAUUCCUGGGUGGGAAGGAAUCGCCAUUCCCUCCCGCCCUUGCCCAGGCUGACCCAAAAUGUCUCCACAAUGCCCCUGCCAGAGGCCUGGGAUGGCUGACACCCCCGGGACACAGCCCCCAACCCCUAGAAGUCCUUCCCUUGCUCUGAAGGGCCUGGCAUGUGACUAUGGCCCCAGGUCGCUGGGACAUUAUGGUAUAAUUGUCUCUCGAUGCCCCUCUCAAAUCAGGGCCCCAUCCCCAGUGUGGGGGAUUCCACCCAUUUGGUAUGUCAGUAUGUGUGGGGUAGCUGGAAGGGAGUUUGAGAACACCAAACAUCACAGAAAGGGCCUAAUGUACUAAUGCAGCAGCAGAGCGUCCUGCCCAGAAGUGACCCCUCAGAGUCCCACAGUCUCCCUGUGGCAGUCACUCCCUCCGCAUUUCAGCUCACUGCAGCCCCAUGAACCAAACUCCAGACAGCAGUCGGGAAAGUGGAGGUCAGAGUA